AUGAAACUCUUUAAAUAUUAUAUGAUUUUAUUGAUCAUUUCAUUGGUGACAUAUCCAAUAAAUUCACAAAAUGUUUUUACAUAUAAUGAUAUGCCAACUAUGAACGCCAGCGACAGUACUCCCAUUAUAUAUAAAAUAGCUAGUUAUGCUGAUAACAGGAUAGUUGUUCAUAUCAUUCGUCCAGAUUUAUCAUACUCUACUGAAGGAGAUAAAUUUUGGAUAGAGAAAUACUUGUCACUUCGAACGAUUUAUCCUAAUGGGACUGUUUUACCAUUAGAUAUUAAAUUGGAUAUACAAGAUUUUAAUUUUUGUAUAUAUGCCAUUAACGGAGUAUAUAUGAGUCCUAUUGAAAUUUAUCCUAUAAGAGGUCGUUUUGUGUUAGUAACUUAUAUAAAAACUACGGACUUAGAUGAUCCAUUUGCUUAUAAUGAAUUGGCAAUGAUUUUUGAUUUAAAUGGAAAGAGUUAUGGCAACAUUUCAUUUGGACUAGCAUAUGUUAAUAUUACCGAUAAUCAUUGGUUAUCUAACCGCGCUGAGAUUUUUGUGAAUUUCAAUACUGACAAAGGAUUUCUCCGUUUGGCACCAAAAACAAAUACUACUGAUUAUAUCUGGCAGCAAUACGAUGUGUAA